AUGUACUAUGUUCCAAGAUCCACAUGUCAUGGGGACGGUGCACGUGUACCACCUGUUUAUGUUUCAUCAAGUGGGAUUACAUCACAGAAUCUAUUAUCAGGAUCUGAUGUAGUUGAACCUUCAACUUCACGAAAUGAUGAAAUGCCUUCAAAAAGAGGUAGACCAUCGACUAUACCAGAGGGGAUUAUAGAAGAAAUACGUCGACUGAAAAAACAGAAUAUGGAACGUCGACGACGUGCUUCCAUCACAGAUAAAAUGAACGCUUUGCAUAGUUUAGCUAUGGAGCUGAUUGGAAUUAAUUUUCAUCCUGAUGAGAGUCAAAAGCUUGAGAAGGUUGAUAUGUUAAGUCUUUGUUACACAGUAUUGGAACUAGUUGCUAAUAUCGCUAAAGAUAAACCUGAACUACAAGCACGUUUGAGGAAACUACGUCAUAGUUUGUAUGACGUGACUUCUUCAUCUCCUACCAGCAAUGACAUUCCAUCCUCCUCCUCCGUGUCCUCCCGCUCCUCCUCAUCAUCAACAUCAUCCACAUUACGACCGACGUCAGCGACGAAGAAGCUGGAUAAAUUCACUAAAUCAUUGCAUAAAGUAGCCAUAGCAGCAACAGCGACAGCAGAAAGUCGAAAACGAGACUAUGCAUUGGUGAUGAAUAAACUUUCUGAGGAAGAAGAAUAUUCUGUUGUGAAUACUAAUUCAUCUUCUGAAAUAACACGAAUACUACCAUCGUCUUUCUUCCACUCAAAUGACACUUCAACUUACACUACCAAUACUAAUACUGCUACUGCUACUGCUGACAUUCGUCAAUCUACCCAGUUGGUGAUUGAUGAAGACAAUAAAGAGAAUCAGAUACCAAAAUUGAUAAUCAAAAAUACAUUUUCAAAUGAAAGUCGUUCAGUGAUGAAGAGAAUUACCACAAAUACUGUUACAACAACACCAACAACAAGAAUCCCUUUUGGUUCUAUGCACAAUUCAUCUUCGAUGUCUACCCCAUUACCUCCAAUAUCAUCAUUAGUAUUCUUUGUCGCCUGUUCAACUCCUCCUACUACCACUCCCCCUCCUCCUCUUCGUGACAGGUUGAUGACGAACAAUAGCAAUCAACAACAUUCGAAUAUUGAGACACAUUCAUGGAAUAAUAACAAGCAGUGGCUGUCAUCAACACCGGUAGGAGGACAUAGAAAACAUUUGAAUUCCACACUGAAUAAUUCUGACAGUGGAUUUCUCAGCGGUGACAACAGUCAUUCAUCAGGUUUAAUAGAUGAUAAUCGAACAAAUCAGUUUGGUAUUGUCAAUGACGAGUAUACUCAAGUGAUAGAAUCUAUUAAACCUACUGAUACACCGAAUGUUGUUCAUUCUUUAACUGAUUUACUCAUGAAUUCAACGUCAUCACCGUUUCAAAAAUUAGAAGAGAAAGAAGAAGAAGGAGAAGAAGAACGACAACAACAGGAACAACGCUUUUCGGCGUUUCGUGUGCCUGUGAAGACUGUGACAAACUUUUUAAGUAGCAAUCCCACAUCGACUUAUUUUCAUCGACAGCAUGACACAAUGACUUUCAAUCCUACGACAACAACAUCAACUACUUUUAUUCCUUGUAAUUCUAGUCAUGACACUGUGGAGACAACUAGUACUACAACAGCAACAACAUCGCCACCGAUAUGGAGACCAUAUUUAGACUAG